AAACUGAAAUUUAAAAAUGGGCAGCUUGCCGAAUUUGCAUGAGCUGGAGGAGGCAGAACGAAAGAGGGAGAAACGUCGAGAAUACGAAUUGUUGUUGGAGCAGCGUGCAAGGGACACGAGUCGUGAGUGCGAACGCUUAUCGGUAUUUGCACAACAGCGUAAGCAAUCCUCGUACAAUGCUUAUAUUAUGGCUGGCCUGGGCAUAGGCGGAAUCAGCGGUGGCGGCGGCUCGCUGAGUCUUGCCACAACGGCCAAUGGCUAUGGUAACGGACACAUAGAGCUGGCUAAUGGGAUAACAAGUCCUACAACUGCUGCAGCAGGAACAGCGACCACAGAGACAACAACAUCAGGCAUAGAAACAACAACAACAUCGUCAACAACUGCAACCGCAGCAGCAACAGCAACAGCAACAACAACAACAACGCUGAGUGGUUUUGCCAUGCUGGGCUUGGCUAGCAGUCUGAUGAACAGCAAGAAAUAUCCGCAUUCCUAUCAUCAGCACAUGCAUCCGCACCAGCAUUCGCACCCGCAUCCGCACCCGCAUCCGCAUCCACAUCCGCAUCAUCAGCAUCGACAUUCGCUGACCACGCGGCAUCGCGUGCUGCGCACUCGGACACGCAGCUCGGGCGGUCCGCAGAAUGUGUGGGACGAGCAGCUGAUGGAGCACCUCACUGCCUAUUCACCGUCACCGAUCUCGACGCGCUCGCAUCGCAUCAAUCCCGUCUCCUCGUACCAGGUGCAGGCGGCAUUGGCGGCAUCGCGACGUCGCGAAUCGAUCAACAGCUCGAUUGGGGCCACCUCGAUACGCCGCCUGAUCACGCUGAACAAUCGCAACUGCCGCCACAAGGUGCCCGCCCACGUGCGCCAGAGGGUGUGGCGGCAGUUCACCUGCCUGAGCAUCGCCCACGGCCUGAUGAGCGCCGUUCUGCUGCCGGUGAUGGCCUUGCAGGGCUCCAGCGCCGUCUGGCACCAUCGCGAGCAGUGGCUGCCCAUCGGGCCGAACAUUGGAUCCCUGCUGCUGGGCGCACUCUUCCUGGUCGCCGCCUGCAUGAGUGUGCCGGGCAUACGGCUAAUCCGGCGAUUCGGCUACACCCCGCUGCUGGCCGGGAACUGCUUGGCCGUGACCUUGUUCCUGCUGUCGCACCUGUAUGCCUCCAUCUAUACGCUGCUGCCGGCAUACUUGCUGCUGGGCUUCAUGCUGAGCGCCGCCAACAGCUGUAAGGCGGCGCUGAUUGUCCACUAUGGCGGCAAGCUGAGCUGCUCCCACGAGCAGGAGUGCGCGUCGGAUGCGCUGCUGGAGGAGCACAAGAUGUUCUGCAAUCGGGACCAGAAGGUGCGCCGCUUGGCCCGCUGGCUGCGCGCUGCCCAGGAUCUCGGCCUGAUCCUGGGCGCCCUCUUGGCCUCACUGCUGCUCGCCUGCAAUGUGAACGACUGGAGCUGCUCCUCGGGCAGCGCCGAGCCAGCCGGCUCUAAUGGCAGUCUCCUGCCCGCCACCAACUGGCCACAGCCGGAGGACUUCUACAAUCGGAACGAGCAUGGCGAACGCAUCUGUGGAGCCGACAUGUGUCCUCUGCAGCUGGAUCCCAGCUGGUUCGCUGCCAAUGACACGGGCGCCAUCUAUGCCGGCUUCAUUGAGAGCGGCUCCCGCGCUGGUGGCCAGUCGCUGCUCUGGCUCUACGUGGUGCUCUCGCUGCUGGCGCUGCUGUUGUCCCUGCUCCAGGGACGUCAGGUUCUGGUGGCUGCCAACAGGCCGGAACGCUCGCACAAGGAUGUCACGGACACGCUGCUCUUUGCCGGGCCGUUGGCCUACUUCGUGGGCACCGAACAGGGCUACAUGCUGGGCGACUUUCUGCGCGCCUUUGUCUCCUGCUCCCUGGGCAUCAACAUGAUACCGGGCGCCCUCAUCGGCAUGGGCAUAAUGCAGCUGAUCGUCUCCUGCACGCUGAGCAUGCUGCUCCGGCAUACCAAGCGCAUCGUGGUCAUAUUGGCUGGCUUCUUCUUUCAUUCGUGCUUGCUGCUGGCGCUGUCCAGCUGGAAGCCGUCGAGCGACGAUAGCGCCCUCUUCUAUGUGAUAGCCGCCUCGUGGGGCGCCUGCAAUGGCAUGUGGGAGACGCUGCUCCUCUCGCUGGUCACCCUCAAUCAUGUCCAGCACGAUCAUGUGACGGAUGUGACGGCACCGCUGCAAUCAAUGCGUUUCCUCGGCCUCGCCAUCACGUUUGCGGCGCACGGCUUCCUCUGCGAAUCGGUGAAGAUCAUUGCGCUCGUCGUCCUGCUGGUGAUCAGUGUGCCGCCAUAUGCGAUGCUGGAGAUACGCCUGGAGGCGCAGCGGAAGGCGACGCUGAUCAGCUUAUGACGCAGCUACUUCAGCUAGUCCCGGAGCCGGGGCACUGUGGCACGCACGCACACCAUGUAACCAUCGGGGGCGGCGUACCGCAGGCUGACUGACUGACUGAUCGAUCCCGUCGAUCAGCAGCUAUAAUGCCCCAUCCAGAACGGAGCAAAGRCAUAUUCGAGUUCUCUCAAUUCAAACAGUAUUCAGAAAGAUGAGACAGGAUCCGGAGAAAAAGAGACAGAAAGAGAGAGAGAGAGAGGGGCAGAGUUGGAGAGCGAGAAAGAGAGAAGCAGAGAGAGAGAGAGAGAGAGGGAGAGAGGAAAUUUAUCAAAGUUUGAUCUCAGUCGCACUCUUAGUCCAAGUCCACACACUGUUUAUAUAUCAAUAUAUACACCUACUUAUAUAUACCCUAUACAAACACAUACAUACAUAUAUAUACAUAUAUAAUCUAAUUGAAACAUAUGCCAGUGCCAACAAUGUUGUUCCAAAUCUUUACCACGAAAUUUGGACUAAGCCACGCGGUCCAGGGCCUAACGUAUCGUAGUUGAUCUAUUUAGCAUAUUAGAAGCGUUCUUCUCUGUCUGUUUCCCAUGGAUAAUACUUAGGCUUAGCUUCAAGAAUUGUAAGGGAUAUUUUUAAGUGACUAUUCUGUGCCAUCUAAACUAAAUAAAUAUGUGUAUAUA